AUGCCACAUUUCUACCACCUCCCCGUCUCCCACAUGCAGGACUCCAGAUUAGAGGGUUCUUCUGACACGGAGGCAACGUGGGAUUCUUCAGCAGACGAAGGAGGUUCAGGUGCCAGGACCCCCAGCCGAGCAGACCCCCAGUUUGUAUUUGGAGAACGGCUCAACGGAGCGAUGCAACACUUGGUUCCUAAGAGGAUCCGCGUGAGAGAGAAACGCCACCCCUGUAUAGAAUGCGGGAAACGGUUCCGGUGCCAGUCGGAGCUUGCCCUACACCAAAAAGUCCACACUAGGCCCAAAUCCUACCACUGUGACGAGUGCGGGAAGCAGUUCGGCCGAUCUUCACAUCUCACUCGGCACCAGAAGACCCACAUGGGUGAAGAAUGCCACCUUUGCACUGAGUGUGGCAAGAGGUUCCGGUGGCCAACAGAACUGGCUAUCCACCAACUCAUCCACACGGGCCAGCAGCCGCAUUACGCCUUGGACCCCGAGACAUUGUUCCAGUGGCCGUCAGAACUCCCGGGCCACCAGAAUCUGUUCAUGGGUGAGAAAACACCUCCAGCUGUCGAGGUUGUAAAAACCCACACGGUCAAGAAGCCCCAUCUCUGCCCAGAGUGCGGGAAAGGGUUCCGGUGGCCGUCAGAGCUCGCUACGCACCAGAAGACCCAUAACAAAAACAAACACUACCUCUGUGCAGAGUGUGGGAAAGGAUUCCAGUGGCCGUCGGAGCUAGCCGCGCACCAGAGAACCCACACUGGAGACAACUUUUCUCUUAUCGCAGAUUGCAUGAAUAGCGACGGUCAGCCGCCACUCCUUCCUACAUACCUGUCAGCCAACGUCGCUGAGAAACGCCACGUUUGCGGAGAGUGUGGCAAAGCCUUCCGAUGGCCAUCGGAGCUUGCCACGCACCAGAGAAUCCACACAGGUGAAAAACGUUAUUUCUGCACAGAGUGCGGGAAAGGGUUCAUAUGGCCCUCGGAGCUCGCUGCCCACCAGAGAACCCACACCGAAAAGCAAUCAUAUCAUUGCAUGGAAUGUGGGAAAAUAUUCCACGACCUCUACGGGCUUACGAGACAUCAGAAAACCCACUUGGGAAGCAAGGUGUAUCCCUGUGCUGAGUGCGGGAAAACGUUUACCCGACAAUCUCACCUGACUCGGCACCGGAUAACCCACACCGGGGAGAGACCGUAUCCUUGUAUCGAGUGUGGGAAAAGAUUCGGCCGUCAGUCUCACCUCACUCGGCACCUGAGAAUCCACACCGGAGAGAGGCCCUAUCAAUGCGGGGAGUGCGGGGUGCGGUUCAGGCGGAGACACAGUAUGAUCUACCACCAGAGAAUCCACUUGAGAGGGUCCUCCAUGGGGCCAGACAUGCCAGACCUUCCCGACCUCCCCGACCACCUCCAGAGCCCCAUCCAUGUAACCAUCUGAAACUUGAAAACGGGAACUUUGGGUGGGUAGGCGGGAAGCGGGUUGUCAUGAAAUCCAACACAGCUCCUCCUGUGCCCCUGUGCCCUACAUAGUUGGCCUGAGAUUUUAUUGCCAUCCUAAGUGGCUGCACCACGGAACGCCAGUGGCGUGUCCCGGAAUCCAUUGCAGUGUGGCGAAGGACACUGGAGACACAAAUGCUUGGAUUGUGUGCCCACUGCAAAGGAUCCUGGGACGGGGACCUGCACGCCCCUUGAUCUGUGUGCUGCUUCAUUGUCCUCCAUCUUGACAGGUUAGCCCUGCUGACUUCCCCUGUGUAGCCUUUCCAGGAAGAGGGAGGCCCUUCACAAUCUGUGGAGAGGGUCUCUUCCCCUACCCCUCUCCUCAGUAGCUAGAGCACUGUUCCCUGAAACAUGUGACGAAUGGCUGAGUGGGUGGGAAAGCUGUACUUCCUGCCUCCCUUAAGCUGGUCUCCAUUCUCCUGUUUUGUACUGUAUCACAGAGCGUCUUGAGUCGCUGGGUCUGUGUCUCAGGAGGUCCUCAGAGGGUGACUUCCCAGCAUUUGAGCCUCCCACUCUGUUGGCCUCAGGAUUGCCGGGUUCCACGCGGCACAGGGCAUUUGCGUUUUUAAGUCCUCAUAUAGAAAGGAGAAUUGGGACAAGAGCCGCUUCUCCUGUCCCGUGCUGCAAGGUGGGAGAUGUGGCCCUUUCCCCCAAUCCCCCCCCUAGAGCACGGUUCCAAAUUAAAUCUGGUUAGGUGUUUCCUUGGUAGCAGAUUCCCCUCUUCCUUCCCUCCGACACAAGAAAUCCAGUCAAUAAACCUAAUUUGUAAAUCAGCAUGAUGCAGGAGUAUCAUCCUUUUCUCUCACACACUUUUUUUUUUUUGCCAGUGGUAGUUUCAACUUCCCCGAGCACUUUGUUUUCACUUUAUCCCUCCCACCGUUCCUGUCUUGAAAAACAAAGGGGAAGGAGGGUAGAUCCACGUAGGUUUUCCUUCAUUUUCACUCUGGGGGGGGGGCUAUUUAUAUCCCUGCUGGCCCCUAAGGAGGGUUGUAGGAAAGAAUCUGAGGUUCCCCUCCCCGACUAGAAAGGUGAGCUGCUGUAGGAUGGGAAUAAAAUGUCACCCUUGACAGGAUUUCCUGAAAGAAGAGUAAUUUAACUAGUAGAUAAUUGAUCGGCCUUGGGAUAUGAGCAGGAAAGAGGGCAAACUCGGACCAGCCAGCUGCAGAAUUUAAGACGGGGGAAAGAUGCUUCAAUUCUGAACUGGAUUCAGUUUUAUAAAUAACCGCAAAGUUUUGGGAUGUGCAGAGGCACGGAGGCCCCCCCCCAAUCUGUGGCUCUUUCC